AUGAACAGUUACGAGGACCGCCAGGGGCCUUUCACCCAACAGGUUAGGGGAGCCAUUCGAGCGAAUACAUCGAAACCACUGAAGAUCAACUAUACGGGAGUUGGAGACCCCUACCAGCAUUUACAGGCUUUCCGAUCGCAAACAAACGCCAAGGGAUAUACGGACGAAAUGUGUUGUAACAUGUUCCAGGAAACCCUGUCAGGGGAGGCUUUAAGUUGGUUCUACGAACUGCCGGUCGGUUCUGUAGGGAAUUUUAAGGAGUUGGCUGACAAAUUUGUCGCUCGAUUCAUCUUACGCACUGAUGGGAUACACACACCAAAGGGCCUAUUGAAGGCGGCUACAGCUAAGUGCAGGGACCUUAAUAAGGAACUUGCUGAGCUGGCUUUCAAGAGGGGCUUAAGGCGAGGAGAAUUUCUCUACGGGAUCAACCAUAAUCCUCCAGCUAGCUACGACGAACUGAUGGCCACUGCCAUCAGACACGCUCAGGCCGAAUUCGAAACAUAUGGGGACACCCCCAGACCAGAGCUAAGAUUUUCCACACCAACUUCGACGACUAGGGAUGAGCCACAAAAGAGGGAGUGGGCCCACAUUCAUGACAGGUCACCCCAUACCUCAAACAAAAGAAGCAAAGAAUCCUCGUCCAGGUCAAACAGUUACGAGACCACCCACCCUAACCGGGAGUUGAGGGCACAGCAGGGCCCAAGGACACCACCACCACCCCGGUAUGAGGUGUUCACAAUCCUGAACGCUUCAUACGAGACUAUCUGGAAUGAAAACAGGGAUGAGAUACCGGGACCACCCCUAAGGAAAUUCCCGAAGAGCAAACUUACCCAGCAGGAUACCGAAAAAUUCUGCACUUAUCAUGAGGAUGUCGGACACAAUACCAAUCUGUGUGUUGCUUUAAAAAAUAUCAUCGAGUCCCUCAUCCAGAGAGGAAAGCUUCAACGAUACCUACCUACUAAGGAGAUAGGAGCUGUCGACAUGUACGGCCAGAUAUUCACGAUCCACGGUGGGGGCCCGAAAGAGUAG